AGUUUUUUUCUUGUUUGUACGUGAUUAUCAUGUCAUUUUUGUUGAUUUUGUGAACAGUGUAUGUCUGGACACUGUAGUGGUUUUUUUUUGGUGAUCAUUCAUUAUAUAACCGAAAUAAAAGCCGAGCCGGUAAUUUGAUUUUGUUGUGUGUGUAUUACCAUCAUCAUUUAUUCGAAAAGACAUCAUCAUUUGACAACGGUGAUGAUAAUGGUUUCGAGAAAAUUUUUCAUUCUUCUUUUUUCAAUAUUAUCAUGUCUUUCAUUAUUGGAACAAACAUUGGCAAAUGAAGCCGUUCAAGUUUCAAUUGAAAGUGGUAAAAUUAUCGGUAAACGGCAACAAGAUGAACAAGGUAGAUGGUAUGAUCAAUUUUUGGGCAUCCCAUACGCAAUACCACCAAUUGGUCAUCGAAGAUUUCGUCGUCCUGAACCGAUUGAAAAAUUGACCAAACAACCAUAUGAAGCAUUAGAAUGGCCAUCUAUUUGUUUACAAUCAAAUCCAUGGGAAAAUAGUUCCAGUUAUUAUAAUUUCAAUAUGGAUGAAGAUUGUCUUUAUAUGAAUGUUUGGUCACCAAAAGUAGAUGUCCAUGAUGAAAAUGAAUUACGACCAGUUCUUGUUUAUAUACAUGGUGGUGGUCUUAUCAUUGGUGGUUCGACCAUCAAACAUCUGGAAGGUCGUACAUUAGCAACAAUGGCUGAUGUUGUUGUUGUUAAUUUCAAUUAUCGUUUAUCAAUUUUUGGUCUACUUUAUUCGGAUGAAGUGGAACAUAUCAAAGGUAAUAUGGCAUUUUGGGAUCAAACAUUAGCAUUGGAAUGGGUACAACAAAAUAUUCGUUAUUUUGGUGGCAAUCCAAAACAAGUAACCAUUGCUGGUUGUAGUGCUGGAUCAUGGUCGAUUAGUGCACAUAUUUUAUCGCCAAUAUCAAGAAAUUUAUAUCAAAAUGCCAUCAUGAUGUCUGGAUCGAUACAGAAUCAAGUAUUAUCACGUGAAGAUUUUAUUGAUUUAUGGUUAAGAGUAUUCGUGCAAGCUGGCUGUGCUACAGAUUCAGAUCAUUCAAUUAGCCAAAAAUUGAUUGAUUGUCUAAAUCAAAUGAAUGAAAAUGAAUUAUUAAAAACGAUUGAUGCAGAUAAUUUGAUAUUCAAUGGUUAUACAGUUGUGGAUGGAGAAUUUCUACCUGAUCAUCCAAUCAAAAUGUUACGUGAUGGUAAUCAUAAAAAAGAUUUCAGUCUUUUAUUAUCGACAGAUAAAGAUGAAGGUUCAGCAUUUAUGCAAAUGUUUUUGACAUUAUUGAAUCGAGUGGAUGAUGGUCGAAAAUUUUCAUUUGUAAAUCCAGAACCAUUAGAUUCAUUGGAUGAAGCUAAAGAUUUAUUGGCCACAACAAUUGAACCAUUUUUAUCGAAAAAAUAUCCAGUUCCUACAGAACAGUUAGCAAAAAUUUAUUUUAAUGGUUUAAAUCCAAAAACAGAUCAACCAGAUUUAUUAAGACAAACCGUUGGCAUUGCAUUCGGUGAUAUGUGGCUAGCAUGUCCUACAAUUAAUUUUGGCCACCAUAUUAGCCAUAAUGAUGGCCAUGCUAAUGUUUAUCAACUUUAUCAUUCAUAUUAUCCAAUUAAAACUAGUGAAUGGUGUCCAAAAUGGUCCGGUGCAUGUCAUGGUGAUGAUGAAUUUCCAUUGUUUGGUGAUCCAAUUCGUCAUCCAUCUAAAUAUAAUCAACGCGUACGUGAUAUAUCGAUGGAAUUGAUUUCAUUUGUACAUUCAUUCACAAGAAAUGGUCAACCAAAUCAAAUUGAACAACCAGAAUGGCAAAGCUAUUUCCAUGUAGAUGAUGGUGAAUCAUUGCAAAAAGUUGUCGUUGAACCAUAUUAUGAAUUAUCCAAUGAAUAUCGUACACAUCAAAGUUAUGGAUUGAAUUUCAAACAAAUUGAAUGUAAAUUUUGGCAACAAUAUUAUGAAUAUCAUCGUCAAUGAUGAUUAUGAUUAUGAUUAUGAUGA